ACGCAGCCUCCUCUCCUCUCCUCGCUCGCCUCCUCCUCUCCCCCCACGCCGCCCCUCCUCUCUCCCUGCUCGUCUCCUCUUCCCUCGAUGCCGGCCCCCUUGUUUGCUUGCCUCUCCGACCCGGGCUCUGGCUCUAGCCCUGAUGGCAGCACACCAUCACCCCCUCUGCUCAAGAGAUCCAGACACCCCAGCCCGUCCGUACAAAACCAGAACCGCGGCUCCAUACCUCGCCGCCUCUCCUCCUUUUCCUCCUCUCUCUCCCGCUCCGCCGUCCUGCCCCCAUCCACCCGUGCUCGACCCCGACCCUGGAUCCCAUCCCGCCGGAUCCGAGGCGUCUGGGCGUGGAGGCGAGCUUCUCCGACGGCAGCGAUGACCACCAUCCAGGCCCCCUUGCUCACGGAGGAGAGGCUACGACCGAGGGGAUGCAGAGGAGGAGCGGGCCUCGCGGAGGAGGGGCCGCAGCUGCGGGAGCUCUCCACGGAGGAGGAUUCUGUGGUGGUGGAGCAGAGCGUGCGGUGGAGCGGAAGUAGCAGUGGAGGCUGGAAGAGCGCGACGUGGCAUCAGGUGGCUGCAGUGGCCGAAGGGGCGAUGCGGCGUUGCUGCCUCUACCUCCAUCCUGACCCUUUUACUCGUGCACAGGCUAUACUUGCAAGUGCAUUUGCUCGUAAGGACCAUUCGAAGGCCAAGGCCACAGCUUACCACGUACCGCAGCUCGGAUUGAUCUUGGGGCUUCUCCUGGGCCUACUUCUUGGAGUUGGCCUCCAUACAGGUUCGAGAUUAUUUACAGAAGACCGUGGUGUACUGCAUCAUAUCUACAUGGCAACACCGAUACUCGUGGCUGUUGUUAGCAUCGCUUGCAUGGUCACCCUCGCCAGUUACAGUGAUUUCAUUGGAAUCUGGAUAGCCUUGUCCAUCUACAUGUGCCUCCGCAUGUUUGCAGGAUUAUGGAGGAUUGGGACUGCUAGCGGGCCAUGGGCUUUCCUUCGCAGCUGAACAUGUAAUGUACAUUCUCGUAGAUAGUAUAAGCUGUGGCGGCUCGCUGUUUGUGUGGUGAGGGUUACUUCUCCUGGUGCAGUAGUACCAUUUUGGAGUGUCCCUUGUUUGCAACUAUAUUUAUCUACAGCCUCUGCUAAAAGGGCUCCUGUUCAGAGAAAAUCAAAGGGA